GUUUUUUUCUAAAUCUGUGUGUGCGUCUCUGGUUUGCAACAAAACGAACUGCACGUAUUGUAAGUAAAUAAGUAACGUAUCUUACAGUCGUCGCCUUCCAGUAAAGCUUCUUUUAACCUGAUGUGGAUCCAGGUGAACCACAGCCUGACUUAUCACCGCUCUCCGGUAUUCGCGUCUGCGCAUGCGCGUCACCGCCGCGCGCCCCUGCCCAUCCAGACGCGUCUCGCCCGUCUGUGUUGUGUCGUGUUGACGCCGGACGGACAUGCGGCGAUGCCCUUGCGUGCUAACGCGUCCGCAGCCGUCGACGAGCAGACACCGGGCGACUUCGCUGUGGAUGAGAGAUUAAGAGGCGGCGGCGGCGGCGGCGGAGGAGGAGGAGCGGCGGGCACCGGGGAAGAAAGCGCCUCUCGGUCCAUCGCGCCCACUCGGCGGCAGCGGCCCGUCGAUCGCCAGAGAGAAGCCGGGGGAUGGAUUUGGGACGUGCUGCUCCGACGACAGUCGCCUCUGUUCUUACAGAACGCGUGAUGAUGAGAGGAGGAAGAGGAGGAGAGAGGCGGAGUGAGGCCGUCCUGCUGCAGGACCGCUUUUAAUUGGCUCUUUGGACUCACUGGGACGUUUGAUGGUCCACUUUGCUCGGCGCUGACUGAGCUCCGCCACUGGAUGCAUCCGCACGUCUGCACCCCUGAACCCGACCUCUGAACGGCCUCCUCUCGGCGCCCAUUCCCCCUCUUAUGCCCCCCCCCCUCCCCCCGCUCUCCCGUCCUGCACCAUGGCCUGCUGCGGCCGCUCCCUGGACUCCCCGUGCACGCUGGCCCUGCUGGUGGGCUUCCAGUUCGCCUUCGUGCUCUACUUCUCCCUCGGGGGCUUCAAGGGGCUGGUGUCGGUGCUGGUGCACACCGCGGAGCCGGAGUUCGACUACUCGCGCCCUCACGACGUCUACACCAACCUCAGUCACGUGGGAGCGCCGCCGGCGCCGCCCCGGCGCUCUGGCACCGGGCCGCCCGCCACCGCGGCGCCGCUGAGGGACUGUCAGCUGCCGUCGCCGCUGCUGGUCGGACCGGUGUCCGUGCACCUCUCCGCUCCUUUGACGCUGGACGAGAUCAAGCGGAGGAACCCGCUGGUGUCGCCGGGCGGGCGGUACCGGCCGCCGGACUGCGAGCCGCGCCACCACACGGCCAUAGUGGUGCCGUACCGGAACCGGCAGACCCACCUGCGCGCGCUGCUCUACCACCUGCACCCCUUCCUGCAGAGGCAGCAGAUCCACUACAGCAUCUACAUAGUGCAGCAGUGGGGCAACGGGACCUUCAACCGAGCCAAGCUGCUCAACGUGGGGGUGCGGGAGGCGCUGCGCGACGAGGACUGGAGCUGCAUCUUCCUGCACGACGUGGACCUGCUGCCGGAGAACGACCACAACACCUACACCUGCCACAGGCAGUUCCCCACGCACCUGUCCGUGGCCAUGGACAAGUUCCGAUACAGGCUGCCGUACCCACAGUACUUCGGGGGGGUGUCGGCGGUGACCCCGGACCAGUACAUGAAGAUGAACGGCUUCCCCAACCAGUACUGGGGCUGGGGCGGCGAGGACGACGACAUCGCCGCGCGCAUCCGCCUGUCUGGCAUGAAGAUAGUGCGCCCCCCAGUGGCCAUCGGUCAUUACAAGAUGAUCAAGCACAAAGGAGACCGAGGCAAUGAGCAGAACCCACGCAGGUUUGAUCUUCUGAAGCGGACCCGCCUCAACUGGCGCUCCGACGGCCUCAACUCUCUGACCUACGAGCUCCUCUCCAAAGAGCUGGAGCCGCUCUACACCAACCUCACGGUCAACAUUGGAGAGGACCCCCGCCUGCCCCAGGGCAAAGGCCUCGCCCCGGGGAGGGCGCCGCCCGUGCACCCACGCGGCGCCGGCGCCGGCGCCGGCAGAGACCCGGCCAGGCAGGAGAAGAGGCCGGAGCGCAGAGAGUCCGCGGCAGCAAACGUGACUGCGGCGAAGCCGGUCGGUGCAAAGACCGAGCCAAAGGCCACAAACGGAACCACGCGGGAGAAGACAGGUGUGAUGAAGUAGAUGGAUAGCGAGUCUUACAGCGCACAUCUGUAGCAUAAAGUGGCUUUCCUGUUCAUUUUAGUCUAAAAGCUGUGGGACGCCAUGCGAGGAGCGAUGUUGCGCUCCGUCCACGUUAGGGACCGUUCGACUCAAGCGAAGAAGCCUCUUUCAUCUGCUGCGGUGCGUUCAGGGGCCACCUCCUCUCCGUUCAUCAUCCCGCUGAGCUCUAGUGGAUUCCGAACAGAAGCGACCACCAAAACAAACCGAGCCGUGGAGGUCCGGCUCCACCCAGCGAGCGGCCGACCGGCUGCUGCUGCCGGUUCGGCCCACGGUUCGGCCCACGGUUCGGCCCACGGUUCGGCCCACGGUUCGACCCACGGUUCGACCCACGCCGCAGGGGUUUGUGUUUCUGUGCCUUCUCUCUUUUAUGCGCGUUUUAUAGACGGGUGUCGUUGCUUUUAGACGCUGAUUUGGGGUUAAUGUCACCUCUUGGCUCAACGAGGCGAUUCUAGACUAGAGCAAACGAUUUGUUCCAGGACUGCCGUUUUAUAUGUGUCUGCAUUGAUCAAGCGCUAAUCGACUCCAUAGUUACCAGACACGUCUGGGGUUUAUAUUUCUAUAGAGAGACUUAUUUAUUUGUUUACUGGUUUAUUUCCAUUCUUUACAGUCUGGUGCCUCUCUUACAUGUAGUUUAUAGACAAUCAAAUCAUAUGGGAAGAAAAAGAAUUAUUUAUCCAGCCACAUAGCAAAGUAAAGGAAAUAUUAUCAUGACUAUCUUUACGCCUGUCACAUAAACAUAGACCUGGCAUGAUAGUUGUUGUCUAGUUUGAAUAUACUCUUAUAUAUGGAUUGACCUGUGCUUUUGGUUUGAUCUGUGCUUUUAUAUACUUUCUUUUAGAUAAGUCAGGUUUGGGAAUAUUGUCGACCCGCGACUGCAUUUGCCACUCUCAUAUUGUGUUUUGAUACAAAGUGGUGGUAGUUGCGGUAGAGCACUGUGUAUAGAUUUAGGUCAGCCUUCUACUAAAACAACCAACCUUCUUACGAAGUGUCUUUUGGACUCUGUGUGAUCGACCUCAGUUCGUCUGCAGGCUGUGGAGCGAGCGUCGGCCGCUCCUGCUCUCGCUUCAUUCCGGCUUUUUGUGUCUUGGAGGAGGAGACGCACACACUGUAGCUCGUCCGAUGUCAUCCACCUCUGUGACCCGAAAGCCGCUGAGAAUCUCAGACGUGCACGUCUUUUCUCCACGUUUGCCAUUUUGAAUGUAUUGUUUUGAGUCUUGGUUCUGGUACCGGGAGUUCAUCAGGUGCGGUGCUCGGUGUGGGGGACGUGCUGCUAUUUGACCGGGGACGUUUAUCACUACCUGUAAAAUGACGUAUUGUAACAAAGUGGGAUUGUUUUAGCAACUAACACGUAAUGUAUUACUAAUGUGAAUGUAUUUAAUUUAUUGGCUUUAUUUAUUUACUCACUGGCCAGACUAAAGCGAUCUCAGUCCUCUCUGUCACAGAACAGACGAUGAGCCCAGAUUUAUUUCUCAUAUUUUUUAAGUUAACGUUGUGCCUCAUGACAUAAACCCACGGUGAAGGUUAGCGCCCCCCAGUGGUACAGACUGUAGCACCCGCUGAGAGAAGCCGAGGCCUGAAUGAAACUGCAGUGUUGUGACAUGAAUGUUAAUUAUUAAUGUUCGCCAUUCACAGGUUUCAGCCAAUCAAACCUUUGCUUCUGUCUGCGACGAUCACAUGAUUGAUCCAGACAACUUAAAGGUGCAGAACAGCUGUGCGGAGCAAACGCUGUGUGGUGAGUGUCUUAUGAAUGGCUCUAGACGGAUGGGUGCUUAUGUAAGAGUACUGUAAAACCCGGCAUCAGAGUCCAUAGAGGGACAAUUAGAACUAGUUCCAUAGCUUUAUACCGAGUAUCGAGAUGCAUAAUAUUUAAUCCAUUUAUCACAUUGCCUGUAUAAUACAAACAGUGACACUGAUAGAUUGUGAGAGCGUUAAGGAAUCUCCCCAGAUUAAUCAGCAAAUUAUCACAGUACCGGGAGAUUGUUCUAUUAAAUGUAUUAAUUUAUUAGAUUUAUUACAUAGGCUAGUUUUUAUAAGGGGUGUUUUUGCAGUAACUGUAAUUACAUGCACAGUCGGAAUCCAGGAUUUGGAAGAGGAAGUUGUUUAUUCAGUCAUUAGAUUCACACGUUUGAACAGUGUAGAUGCGAUAGAAGGAACCACCUGAACCUGGAAGAUGAUGUGUCGAUGUAUACUGUACAAACCAGAUGUAAGUCAUACGUUGGGAGUGUGAAGUGUCAUCACCUGGGGUGGCCUUAUUUACUGAUCUCGUUUUCGAAAUGAAAGACUGUGUGUGUGUGUGUGUGUGUUUGUGUGUGUGUGUGUGUGUGUGUGUGUGUGUGUGUGUGUGGACACAGCAAGAUCAGUAAAAAGGCUACAGAGACAGUAUUGUAACACACAACAAAUUACUAUACUAAUAAAAACAUACCAAUGUU